GCUGUAAAAAUGGCGGCGUCUCGUCGCUCUUCCCAACAGCAAAAGCAGAGCAUAUCCUCGCCACCUCGCAGUAUUUCUCUUUCACUCACUCCUCCGGGGUCUCCUCCCGUUCCCUGUGGUGGCAUAAUUUCGGUGCUAGCGGGUGCUGAAGUAGACAGUGCCGGGGAUCCAGAGUUAACUCCGGCCUCCCCCGAUAUCCCCGCCCCGGCCCUAAGCAGCAGCAGCUCCACUACCACCGGGGGUAGCAGCAGCGCUGGCUCUAGUCCUGACUCGGGUAGCAAUAGCAGCCCCGGGGGCAGCGACUGCGGGACUUUCAGAGAGCUGUUUGAAGCCUGUCGUAAUGGGGACGUAUCGCGGGUGAAGAGGCUGGUGGAUACGGUUAACGUGAAUGCCAAGGACAUGGCUGGGCGGAAAUCCACUCCGCUACACUUCGCUGCAGGAUUUGGGAGGAAGGAUGUUGUGGAGCACCUCCUUCAGACUGGGGCCAACGUUCACGCCUGUGAUGACGGAGGUUUGAUCCCUUUGCAUAACGCCUGCUCCUUUGGUCACGCUGAGGUGGUCAGCCUGCUCCUCUGUCAGGGCGCCGACCCAAACGCCCGGGACAACUGGAACUACACACCUCUCCACGAGGCUGCCAUCAAGGGCAAAAUAGACGUGUGCAUCGUGCUGCUCCAGCAUGGAGCCGACCCCAACAUUCGCAACACCGACGGCAAGAGUGCCCUGGACCUUUCCGACCCGUCCGCCAAGGCUGUGCUCACUGGUGAAUACAAGAAAGACGAACUCCUGGAGGCGGCUAGGAGUGGAAAUGAAGAGAAGCUCAUGGCCCUGCUCACUCCGUUAAACGUCAACUGCCACGCAAGCGACGGCCGCAAGUCAACAACCCAAAAAAUGCUGUCCACCCCUCUCCACCUGGCUGCAGGGUACAACCGGGUCAGAAUAGUCCAGCUCCUACUACAGCACGGUGCAGACGUACAUGCUAAGGACAAAGGUGGUCUGGUUCCUCUCCACAAUGCAUGUUCCUAUGGUCACUAUGAAGUCACAGAGCUGCUGCUGAAGCAUGGAGCGUGUGUGAACGCCAUGGACCUGUGGCAGUUCACCCCGCUCCACGAGGCUGCCUCGAAGAACCGUGUGGAGGUGUGUUCUCUGCUGCUGAGCCACGGGGCUGACCCCACCCUGGUCAACUGUCACGGGAAGAGUGCUGUGGACAUGGCCCCCACCCCGGAGCUCAAAGAGAGACUCACCUAUGAGUUUAAGGGGCACUCUCUGCUCCAGGCUGCGCGGGAAGCAGACGUGGCCAAGGCCAAGAAGUCCCUCGCUCUGGAGAUCAUCAACUUCAAACACCCACAGACACAUGAGACGGCACUGCACUGUUCAGUGGCCUCUCCUCACCCCAAGCGGAAGCAGAUCACAGAGCUGCUGUUACGUAAAGGUGCCAACGUCAACGAGAAAAAUAAGGACUUCAUGACCCCCCUACACGUGGCUGCUGAGAGGGCCCACAAUGACAUCAUGGAGGUGUUGCAGAAACAUGGAGCAAAGAUGAAUGCCCUGGACACCUUGGGGCAGACAGCCCUGCACCGUGCUGCAAUGGCGGGACACCUCCAGACCUGCAGGCUGUUGCUGAGCUACGGAGCAGACGCCUCCAUCCUCUCACUGCAGGGCUUCACCGCCUCACAGAUGGGCAACGAGGCCGUGCAGCAGAUACUCGAUGAAAAUGUACCGGUGAGGAACUCUGACGUAGACUAUCGUCUCCUGGAGGCAGCUAAAGCUGGAGACAUGGACACUGUAAAGUCGUUGUGCUCUCCACAGAAUGUGAAUUGUCGGGACCUGGAGGGUCGUCACUCCACGCCGCUGCACUUCGCCGCUGGCUACAACCGUGUGGCGGUGGUGGAGUACCUGCUGCAUCAUGGGGCCGACGUCCACGCUAAAGACAAGGGAGGUCUGGUGCCCCUGCACAAUGCCUGCUCCUACGGUCACUACGAGGUGGCUGAGUUGCUGGUGAGACACGGGGCGUCGGUGAACGUAGCAGACCUGUGGAAGUUCACCCCUCUCCACGAGGCUGCAGCCAAGGGCAAAUAUGAGAUCUGCAAGCUGCUCCUCAAGCAUGGGGCGGACCCGACCAAGAAGAACCGUGACGGCAACACUCCGCUGGACAUGGUGAAGGAGGGGGACACGGACAUACAGGACCUGCUGAGAGGAGACGCUGCCCUGCUGGACGCUGCAAAGAAGGGCUGUCUGGCCCGCGUCCAGAAACUCUGCAGCCCAGAGAACAUCAACUGUAGAGACACCCAGGGACGCAACUCCACCCCCCUGCACCUUGCAGCUGGCUACAAUAACCUGGAGGUAGCAGAAUACCUGCUGGCACAUGGAGCUGAUGUCAACGCCCAGGACAAGGGGGGCCUCAUCCCCCUCCACAACGCUGCCUCUUACGGGCACGUGGAUAUAGCUGCUCUCCUGAUCAAGCACAACACGUGUGUGAACGCUACAGAUAAGUGGGCCUUCACCCCCCUCCACGAGGCGGCUCAGAAAGGCCGGACCCAGCUGUGUGCUCUGCUAUUGGCCCACGGAGCUGACCCUACAAUGAAGAACCAGGAGGGACAGACGCCACUGGACCUGGCUACGGCUGAUGACAUCAGAGCGCUGCUGAUUGAUGCCAUGCCCCCAGACGCCCUGCCCAGCUGCUUCAAGCCUCAGGCCACGGUGGUCAGCGCCUCGGUGGUCAGCGCGUCGGUGGUCAGCGCGUCGGUGGUCAGCGCCUCGGUGGGCAGCGCCUCGGUGGUCAGCGGCUCGGUGGGCAGCGGCUCGGUGGGCAGUGCAGCGGACAUCUCUCCGGCCUCUACGCCAUCCUGCCUGUCUGCAGCCAGCAGCAUAGACAACCUGGCCGGUCCCCUCAGUGAGCUCACUGUGGCUGGAGCCACCGGGCCUGCAGACGGAGCCGCCGGGUCCGACAGGAAGGAAGGACAGCCCAUCCUAGACAUGAACAUCAGCCAGUUCCUGAAGAGCUUGGGGUUGGAGCACCUGCGCGACAUCUUCGAGAGGGAACAGAUUACGCUGGAUGUCCUGGCCGAUAUGGGCCACGAGGAGCUGAAGGAGAUUGGGAUCAACGCCUACGGUCACCGCCACAAACUCAUCAAAGGCAUGGAGAGACUCCUGGGAGGACAGCAAGGUGCUAACCCGUACCUCACGUUCCACUGUGCCAGUCAGGGUACGGUGCUCAUAGACCUGGCCACUGACGAUAAGGAGUUCCAGUCUGUAGAGGAGGAGUUGCAAAGUACGAUCCGAGAGCACCAGGACGGCGGCAACGCAGGUGGGGUCUUCAGCAGGUACAACAUCCUAAAGAUCCAGAAGGUGGUGAAUAAGAAGUUGAGGGAGAGGUACUCGCACAGACAGAAAGAGAUCGCUGACGAAAACCACAACCACCACAACGAGCGCAUGCUCUUCCACGGCUCUCCAUUCAUCAACGCCAUCAUCCAUAAGGGUUUUGACGAGCGGCAUGCCUACAUCGGGGGCAUGUUCGGCGCGGGCAUCUAUUUUGCAGAGAACUCCUCCAAGAGUAACCAGUACGUGUACGGGAUAGGAGGGGGCACGGGCUGCCCCACUCACAAAGACCGCUCCUGCUACGUCUGCCACAGGCAGUUGUUGUUCUGCAGGGUGACCCUGGGUAAGUCCUUCCUCCAGUUCAGUGCCAUGAAGAUGGCCCACGCCCCCCCUGGACACCACUCUGUGAUUGGCCGGCCCAGCGUCAAUGGACUGGCCUACGCAGAGUACGUAAUCUACAGAGGAGAACAGGCGUACCCAGAGUACCUAAUCACGUAUCAGAUCCUGAAGCCAGAGAGCACACCCUCAUCCACAGCCGGAGAAGAACAGAAGUCCUAGUCCAGACUGAACCAGACCAACUCACACCCACCUUUACUGGGAAAGAACCAACCACAGAGACUCUUACCAGAAACACUUCACACAUUCUGGGCUGAGCCGGGACAAACCCCAGCCCAAACCCCAGCCCCUUAACUCAACUCUACACCAAUGGAAAGAUGUCUUUCCUCCACUUGUUCUGUUGUUGUUCCAUUUCACUAUAAACGACCAGUUUCUCACAACCACCACCCAUUUAUUCUUUCCUCAUCCUACUUCAGUGUUUACAUGAAAAUAUUGCCUUCCCGGGAAAUCGUCUCAAGUCAUGUUGUCGCCCCCUAGUGCCCAUCUCCCUGUCUCUCGCUCAUGGUUGCUCUUUGUUGUCACUGGUUAAGGCCAAAUAGAGAGAACCAAAUGGAUAAUGGUUAGGUCAGACAUUGGGACUCAAAGCUCAUUGGUUAGUGGUUAAGGUUAGAGAUGGGGACUCAUAGCUCAUUGGUUAGUGGUUAAGGUUAGAGAUGGGGACUCACAGCUCAUUGAUAAGCAGUUAGGGUCUGUGAUGAGGACCCAUGCCAGUCUGCCUUUACCUGAGUGUUAGCUGCCCUAAUGAAGCCUGGCAGAGGCUUCUCUACCUAUCCCUCAGACAAGGAUAGAGAUUAGGGUGGGUGUAGUAGUGCAUAUACUAGCCUCACUCAGAGCCAUGUGUCUUCAACAAGCCUGGCAAGGGAAGCUGCAGUAUACAGACCCCGAACACAGAUCAUGUGUUACUAAAAAGACAACCAAUGGCCUCUCCCUUUCCUUUCCAGCACACUAAUAUUUUAAGCAAAAAACUCAUAAAAGCAUUAGACCUCAUUUAUGAUAUUAGCUCUGUAUUAUUUUAUGAUAUUUUCAAGUUGGUUUUAUGUUAUUGUUUUGACUUUGUUUUUAGAGAUGUGUACACUAUAAUGGGACCAUGUCAAAACGGGGGACCUGCCGGUUUUUGACCCCUUUCUUGAUUAAAAAAAUAAAUAAAGUUGAGGUGAUAUGUAGUAUUCCUCUCUAGGACCAUUAAGGGUUUUCUCUCCAUUCCUGGAUUUGAUGGAACAUCCUCUAAAAGGUUUCAGAUUGGGAACAAAAAGCAAGUGGGAUUGAGACUCGAAUGGAGUUAUGUGAGAAAGUACAGAGAGCUAUGACACCUGUAAAACUCUUAGAAUUACUAUUAUUUGUAUUAUUAGAACGUUACUUUGCACAAGAAAACACUGAACAUCGGACUUUUCAUGACCAUUGCCCAUCCAGUCAAGCUCAUCUUUUAAUGGAUUUGCACUUUUUAACGGGAAUGAUUUUUAAGUUAUUUGAAAAUUAAUUGAAAAUAACGUUGAAAAAAAAGAUGUCCAGUAUUGUACAGUGUGUAGCAGACGAUGCCUUUGUAAAGCUCACCAUGUUGUUAACGGAUGAAGAGUGGGCUGUAUUAGUACUGUAAAUUAAGUGGGGGUUUUUGUGGAUCUUUUAUGCUUUGGGUUUUUUCUGGGAUGAAAUAGAUUUUUUUUUGUUGAGUGAGUUUCUCAAUUGUACCGUCUUAAGAUUGUACCUGGAUGAACUGUUUGCAGCUGUGUUUUCAUCUUUUCUUAGUCACUAUUUGCCAUAUUCGUCCCUCUGCUCUUUGUCCUCUUUCUGAGGCGUAAACAAUAACUUUUCUUACUUCCUGCUGGAUUUGUCUACCAUCCUCUAGGAGAUGGCAGUUUGAAGCGACAGAAGUAGUAGUGGCUGAUUUGAAUUGAAAGACGGUGUCUCGGUCUCCUCUCACUAGCUGGGCUCUAUCUGCAUCUUGCUGCUGUGGUAUUGUGCUUUCCCUAUUGUUUCCACUGCUAGGAUCACUAAGUCCUCCAUAACUGCCUGUGCUUUGACCGGAAUGUUAACGCAUCUGUUACUACAGCCUGGAUUGAUUCCCAAAUGGCAAUUAUGUGUCCCAAAUGGCGCCCUAAACCCUAUAUAGUACACUAUUGGCAUUGGUCAAAGGUUAUGCACUAUAUAAGGAAUAGGGUGCCAUUUGGGAUGGAACCGUGGUCUCAAUCCCCCCCCCCCCAGCCCCGCGUUCCUUCAGACCAACAGCGCCUGGAGAGAGCCUCGCUGCCUCUACCUACUUCCUACUACAGUUCUUAUCUUAUUUUACCACUGGUUAAUUUUGUUUUCCUGGUGCUGAAAGAUCCUGCAAUGACCCACUCACAGCUGAUCUGCAGACUAAUGUAACACUCCUCAGUGUUGUAGAGUCUUAAUAAAGUAAAUAACUUCACAUCCGA